UGCAGCAGUAGGCAACAUCCGUGUGCCUUGACACCCAGCUUGUGACUUGAGUGAAGUCACCGGGAACUGAAUUGAAGACUUUAACAGACCCUGCUUGCUGCAUCCUUAGGCGUCUUCGGUGGGGACAAAGUUAGAAUUUGCCGAGUUUAAUGUUGUUUUAAAGCGACCGUUUCCCCGGUGUUUGCCUCGCGUUUGACUUGUUUGGUUAACGUCCCACACCACGGUUGGCUGCUUGCUUCUUGGCAGGAAGGCUAGCAUCGGUUCCUGCUUGCUAUAAAAAAAAAACAUGGUGGCCCGUGGUCACGAAGAAAACAAGGCUGUUCAGGGAUAUAGAGUGUGAAUUUUUUAAAACGAUAUUUACUCCGAGGACACUAACUGUCACAUUUGGAAGUGGCGGGGGUCUUCGCGCGACGUGAGGCUGUGGAUACCAUUUUUGUGCAGUCAUUUGCUUCCAAAGUUGCCACCAGGACGACUUCAAGUUUCCCCUACAAAAGAUGGCGCUUACAUCUUUUUAAAAAAACAACAUAAAGCAGGACAAAUGGGCGCAAGUGCUGCCUAAUGGAACCAUUUUACCCCCGACGUCACAUUUAGCAGCUCCCUUUUUAUUCAAGAUUAUUAUUAUGGAUGCACAAACUCGGAAAUAUUGGGAAUAACGACUGCUUCUGCCGUUGAUGCCGAGCGUGAUGACGAUGAUGACAGAGAAAAGCGAUGGCUUCCCUUCGUUGAGAUUUUGAGUAGCGAGGAGUUAAUUACAUGGAGACUCGCCUGACAUGCCGAGGAAGGAGUUGCCACUACCUGAAGGUUGGGAGGAAGCCAGAGACUUUGAUGGCAAAGUCUACUACAUUGACCACAUCAACCAGAGCACCAGCUGGAUCGACCCCAGAGACAGGCACACGAAGCCUCUGACGUUCGCCGACUGUAUCGGAGAUGAGCUGCCAGUCGGUUGGGAGGAGGCGUAUGACCCCGUGGUUGGAGCGUACUACGUCGACCACAACACUAAGAGCACCCAGCUGGAGGAUCCGCGGGCCCAAUGGCAGCGGGAGCAAGAGUCCAUGCUGCGGGAGUACCUGGCUGUGGCCCGCGACGCCCUGAGUGCCCAGAAAGAGAUCUACCAGGUGAAGGAGCAAAGGCUUCGUCUCGCACAACAGGAGUACCGGCAGCUCAACGACACCUGGCAGGACAAGUCAACAUCGCAAACUAGCUUGAAUUCCAGGACGUCAUCCUCCAGCAAGUACGACCCAGAUAUCCUUAAAGCGGAAAUAGCCACAGCCAAAAGUCGGGUCAACAAGCUGAAGCGGGACUUGGCCUGUAUGAAGCAGGAACUGCAGUACAAAGAACAAGGCUUUGAAACGCUGAAAGAGAUUGACCAGAAGGUGUCCAACAGCCCGUAUGGCUACAAGCUGCAGGAGGCACAAGCCAUCCUCAACGAGGUGCGCUCCAUCCGGGAUGCCAUCAACUCCGGCGAGAAGGAAAAGCAAGAACUCAUGCAGAAACUGGCCGUUCUGAAGGAUGGCUUCCAGCUGGACUCUGGCUCACAGCAGGAACUGUGGGGCAGCAGUCCCUCGCUGGCCAACUCGGAGCUCUCCAUACCCCGUCUCUAUUCUGAUGCCGGCUCCCAGACCGACAUCCCUGCUGAGUACAUGAACAACUCCAAUAAACUGGCAGAGAAAGUUCGACUCAGUCUGAAGUACGAGGAGGCAAAGCGUCGAAUUGCCACCAUCGAGGUGCAGAUCGCAAAACUGGACAGCGAGGCAUGGCCGGGGCUGCUGGACCCAGAGCGCGACCGUCUCAUUCUCAUCAACGAGAAAGAGGAGCUGCUGAAGGAGCUUCAAUACGUCAGCCCACGCCAGCGCCUGGGGCCCAAUGAUGCCCAGAAGCUGGAAACAGAGAAGAAGCGUCUGGAGAAAGACCUGCAAGCCGCUAGGGAUAGCCAGAGCAAGGCUCUGACUGAAAGGCUGCGUCUUCACUGCAGGAGGAACAAGCUGGUGAGAGAGCUGGAGGAGUUAGUUCGAUUGGCCACAUCCUUACACACUCAACUCAAAAGCCUGUCCGCCAGCACCUUAUCAUGCUCGUCCGGCAGCAGUCGAGGUUCCCUGACGUCAAGCCGCGGCUCGCUGGCUACCACCUCCAGCCUGGGCUCCUCCUCCUCGCUCAGCUUCACCGACAUCUACCUAGAUCAGCCGGAGCUGGCCGACCCGGACUUCCAAAACAAGCUGGACAGCCUCCUGCAGGAGGGCGGCCAGGGAGGCUACCGCCCCUCAAGCUCCAUCACCACCAUACACGAGCACGAGGUGGCGACAGGUGGCGGCAGCGGCACAGGGAGGGAUGCUGAAAGGGCUGAGAGACAAACACUGGGGGUGGGUGUAGACACUGAGAAGGGUGCAGGGGGAAGAGAGGUGGGAUCAUCCAGAAUCCAGGCACUCAGACUGUCAGAAACCCCUCACUCCAUGAGCUCCUUGUCGCCUCGGUCGUCACUUUCCUCGCUAUCACCUCCGUGCUCACCACUGGUUACGGACGCUACGUUUCUGUCAGGGGAGGCCUUCACCAGCGAGGCAGGACCUGAUGGGUUGAGCUUGGACGUGGAGCUCAAAAGCAGGCUAGCAGAGCUGGACCUUAGUCUGGACUCCCAGAAGCUGAAACAGCAGGAGGAGCACAGAGCCCCAGGUGGGCUGGAGGAGAAGCAGAAACGCAAUGGCAUCCUGGGUGAAGAGGUCAAAGCUCCACAGUUGCAAGGAACAGGGGUGGGUCCGAAGAAGAUGGGCGUGAUCUCAGCUGUUUCUGAUGAGUCUGUCGCAGGUGACAGCGGUGUGUAUGAACCCUCUGAGCGCAGGCCAGGUCUCCCUGCUGACAUCCUGCUGGGCUCCGAUGAGGAGAGGCUGGCGCUGGGCUGUGCUCAGGUUCAGCUUGGAUUGCGCUUUGAGUCAAGAGACCAGCGCUUCUCUGUCUUCAUCAUGGCGCUGUCCAACAUCAACGCCCUCUGUCUGCCGGCUGACCACAAAAUGCACAUUCGCAUGGUUGUCCUUCCGUGCGUGGAGACAAACCGCUGCCUGUUCAGAACUCGCGGCUACAUGCCUCAGGAUGUCGUGGAGGUCAACGAGGUGUUCGGCAUGCAGAUAUCUCACAGUGCACUGCGGCAGAAGACCCUGAGGAUUGAUGUAUGUAACACCGGCAAAUCAGGCCACGAAGAUUGUCUGGCGGGAGCGCAGAUCAGCCUGGCCGACGUCAGCUGUUCAGAGGAGAGAAGAACCAAGUGGUACAACCUGCUGAGUUGUGCUUUCACGCCAGAGGUCAGCAGCAAGGAGAAAGACAGCGGGGCAGCUGGUGGUUUGGACACAGCUGGAGCUACCAACAGUGACAGAGUUCCAGACGACGAAGAGUGGCACGGCACCCCCCUGGAAGCAGACAUGUUUGACAAUGAAGAAGAUGACGAGAAGCUUCUGGAAGAAGGAGAGUUGUUCUAUGCUGAUGGCAGCCAAUGGGAGGCCGAGGAGAUGGUGGAGGAGGAGGAGGAUUUGGGUAGGGAGACCAAAAUGGCUCCUCCAGCCGCUAUUAAAGAAAAGGUAAACAAAGAGACGAGUAUGGGCCGCAUCUUGUCGUUGUCCAACCACCACUCAGUGGUUCGGCCCAAGGAGCGGCGCACGGACCUCUCCCAGCAGCACCCCUUCAUAAGGGGCAACACCAUCAUCCGCUCCAAGACCUUCUCCCCAGGACCUCAGAGCCAGUACAUCUGCAGGAUCAAUCGCAGCGACAGCGACAGCUCCACGCUGUCUAAGAAGUCACCGUUUGUGCGAAACGCUUCUGAGCGACGGAGCAUGCGCAUGAAGAAGCCUCCCGUGCAGGUCAAAGGUCUGGACGGCCUCCUGCGCACCUCCCUGGACCUGGAGUUAGACUUACAGGUGUCCCGGACCCGACAGGCCCGGCUCGCUCAGGAGCUGCAGGUUCUGAGAGAGCUAAAAACGCAGCUGGAGACGGCGAGGCAGCAGGGCCAACGUGAGCUGCCUGCCUGGGUCCGAGAGGAUGAGCGCUUCCGCCUCCUCCUAAAACACGCGGAGAAACAGACUCACGAGGAGCAGCUGCAGGAGAAGAGGGUGGAAAAGAUGAUGAGGGCGGCUGCAAAGGACGUCCACAAGAUAAGAGGCCAGAGCCGCAAGGAAGUGCCUGAGGUCCAGACCUUCAGGGAGAAGAUGGCCUUCUUCACGCGAGCAAAGACCACCAUCCCCAACCUGCCGGCUGACGACGUCUAGACAGUCAACAUUUCAAAUGAAAGAGAGUCUUAAAAUGCGCCGCCUCCUCACUAAUGAAGUCAAGCUUUUAGCGGUAAUAUGAAGAAUGUUUUUUAAAAAUAUACCUUAGAUGGAAAAAAAAAAAAAAAGUGACCACUCAGCAUUUGUGGAUAGCUUUUUUUUUGUAAUAUUAGUGACGGCACUGCUCCAUUUUUCUUUUAUUGUACUAACAGACAUUUAAAAUCAUUCCAGCACAAAGAUUGGAAGUAAUGGUAGCACAAACAACGGUACUGAAGCAACAAAAGCUGCUUAUGCUGUUCAUCAGUAGAAUACAUCUAAAAAAUGCUUUUAUUUUCCUGUUUUGUUUUUUUCUUUCUUCAAAAUUGAAAAGUAUGCUGCAAGCAAAGCACUCCACAUGUUGGGGAAUCUCGUUUAAAACCUUUUAAAUCUACUCUUAAUGUUCACUACUAGGGGUGUCCCGAUAAGACCUUCACUUCCCAUCCCAUUCCGAUAUUGCAGCCUUGAUUGCCGGCUGAUAUCGAUCAGAUAUCAGCAUCGAUCAUACAUACUUUACUUGUUUAGUAGCGUGGAAUGUUAAAAAAGGCUUGAUCAAGUGAUAUUACUCAGAGAAUGAUAGUCAGCAGUAGGAAUGAGAAGAAAGUGACCCAUUUACUUACUUGUCGUGAGGCUCGACAUGCUCAAUGAAGCUUUUAACCGGACAUUACUCACCACCGUUAAGGGCUGCCUUUUUUCUAAUGCAGCCAGUGACUUUUUGCUGUCUUGUCGGAGUUUCUCACACUUUGCAAAUGUGUCAAACAGCGGUGGAUGUUUCAGGAAGCCGUGGCUUUCAAAUGCACGAUGAAGUUGGUUGUAUUAAACUUCCCUAGUUCUGUGCCUCCACGGGAAAUUGGUGCAUGACAAGUCCGACUCCUUGCUAAACACGCUAGCACACGCUGUUGUUGUGAUCACGUGGGUUCUGCAUGCAGAAUGUAAGGGCUGCUGCUGGAUAGAAGUGCUGGAAUGGACUGCUUGUACUGGAGUGCCAGUAACGGAGAUUUUAGUUGCGGGCCGAAACAAGCUGAUGCUGCUUUUUUGGCGGAUAUCAGACCGAUAUCUGAUGUCAAUAUCUGAAUGGGACACCCUUAUUCACUGCGAUGCAUUGCGUUGUUAUUAUUGACUCCAGUACACCUGCUGUUACCACGAGUGACCACAGAUGGCACUAGAGUCACAGCUGCGUAAUAUUCAGUCACAUGUUCAUCACAAGUAUCAGAAAAUUGGUUUUAAUUAGGGAUGUCCGAUAAUAUCGGCCCGAUAUUGGCAUAAAAAUAUUAUAUCGUUAUCUGGGUUUUUCCCAAUAAUGAAAACCCUUUUUUUUUUUUUUUUAUACUGCAUGGAUGGACAUUUUAUCGUUCACAUGGCCAGGAUGAUACCACAGUCUUGACUUUCUUGCCAGCUCGUCCAUCUCGCUCUGUACUGAAUUCACGUCUCCCGUGGUAAUAGAAAGUACCGAAAGCUUGAAUCUCCACUUCCUCGCUAGCCGCUUGACUUUCAUCUUAUCCUCGGCUCUGCCGACUCAAUAUCAAUGUGUAGACGGGGAAUCACACCGAUGCGGGACUUCGCUCUCGUGGCGCGUUAAAAUGUGCUUGAAUGAACAAAGAGAGCUGCUUGAAUUCCACAACAGGAGGUAUGUGAUGGUACACAUAUUGCUAAUUGAGUUGCACAAUAUCGGGGGUGGGGAGAAGAAGUAGAUAAUGAACUUAAUCACAAAAUAAAACAACCAAAACAAGACAUGAGAGAUAAGAAAAAUAAGAAAAUAGAAUAAGAAUAAAUAAAUAAAAUAUGGAACAGAUCUCGUCAAAUUUGUAGUGCAAUAAUACAUUAUAAAUCAUAACAAUAAUACAUAAUUAGGUAAUAAGUCCAGGCCUUCCACAGGAUGUAUAGGAUGGUACACUUACUGUAUCAGUAUUGGGUGAUAUCAGAAAUUUGAGGGUUUGAUAAUAUCGGCAAAAAAGCCAAUAUUGGACAUCCCUAGUUUUAAUGUUAAAAAACAAACAAACAUAUCAGGUUGAUUGUAUUCUAUCAACAGCACAGAUGGUCGUAAUCACGAUUAGCUGGACGCAGUUAUGUUUUUUUUACCCCUUUUCUUUACGCUCGCCCACUCUCAGGUAGGAAAUUAGUUCAUUAGUCUGCACUUUAAUAGAAAAAAUUAAUCCAGAAGCUGUAUGACGUCACGCGGGAAUGAUUCAUUUUCAAAGCAAAGACAACCACAAAAAUCGUAUUUUUAUGUCACUGUGAACGUCUUGAUUGUAUCCUAACUUUUAAAACCAGCAGCAUCUCGCUUUUCAUUCUCAUCGGCUGCAUGAAGCGUCCCUCUUUUAACUGGAUCCUGAAGUUAGUUCCCCAGCAGGGCCAAUAAUAAUCAAUUGGUUGCAAUGUACAUAUCAUGAAAAGGAGGAAAUCAUCUGUCCACAAGUGUCUUUUUGCUGAACUCUUUCUAAACUGUCUCCUGAUGGUGGACAAUAGAUAGAAUGAAGUUAUUUCUUCACCGUUUUAACAAGGUUCUGCUGGUGCUUUAUGUGAUUUGAAAACACGGACGUCAUCCAUUCCAUUCACGCCAUUCCACAAGUUUCCAUGUUAUUUUAUUUUCUGUGGCUGAAGAGCGUCUUCUCGUAUUUUAGUUUGUUUGUUAAUCAAAAAGCUGGAAUUGUUCUCUUCUCCCAUCAAAGCUGGAAAUGUUUGCAUUAUUUUUACUCAAUGUGAACACUUUAAGAAUCUGUUUUGUGUGUGUGGGUGUGUGUGUGUGUGUGUGUGCGUGUAUAGCGCAAGUAGUGUGUGGAAAUAUUUUGUCAUUAUUGACACAUUAAAAAAAGAAAAUCAACUGUGACAACAUCCGGAUGAAGGCAUGUAAGUUUUUAACUACACUGAAUGUUGGAGAAAACAAUGAAAAGCAUGCUGAUAUGUUACAAAUUUUGUCAUUUAGUUAUACUUUUUUUGUUGGUUUUUUUUUUUUAGUACCUCUUUUUUUCCCCCUUUGGAAGUUUUGUCCCAAUGAAUUUGUUUGUAUUAAGGCUGUGAUGAUUAUGGAUGUGUGUGUGUGCGUGUGUGGAUGAGGAAAAAACCAGCAUGUAUUUAUUGCACUUUGUGAUUUGGGUGUGCUUUUCCUGUUUAUUUCUCCCCCUCCUCAUUUCUUUUCUUUUUAUCGUCAAAGAGUCCCGAAAAAGCUGUGAAUUUUAUUCUCAGACACUGUACUGUCGACCAGAGUUGUAAAUAUUUCACCAGCACACGACGAGAAAAAAAACACACAAUAUGUUUUGUAGUUUCACAACAAAUAAAAAAAGGUUACCUUUUA